ACAACCAUGGAUUUCACAGUAUCGAUGUCACAGACUGGUGUUCCAAAAUUACCACAAUUUGAGACUGGAAGACGUAGAUCAAGUCUAGAUAGACGCAGUAGUGUAAUAAAGCAAAAUUCGGGAUCACCUGAAGGACCAUCUGUUGUUUCUAUGGAUGUUGACAAUAGCAGUAGUAGCGAUGACGAAGAGAAUGACCAGCAGAUGCUUCUGCAACCGCCUCCUCCAGCUCAGAUACAAACUUCGCAGCAGUCACAUUCACCAAGUGAUAGUGAUAGUGAUAGUGAUGGCAAUGGAGAUGAUAUGGAUCUUACCAAAGCUGUAACGACACAAAUCAAUACUGGUGAUGUAGAUAAUAAUGCGCAGCCACAGCAAGAAGGUGACGCUUCAGUGACGAUGGAUAUGACACAAGCAAUUGGUGGCCUCCUCCAAAAUGAUAAAAGUCAGACUGAGAUCAAUGACAAGAGUGAUAUAAAAGAAGAUCAAUCAGAUGAUGAUAACUCAAUCGCCAGCAACAACGAUCAGAGUAUGACGAUGGAAAUGACGCAAGCUGUAGGAGGCUUCACCAAUUUCCCAACUAUACCAGAAGAGGAGAGUAGCAAUUCUGACAACGAUAAUGAUGUCGAUGCUACCAUGACAAUGGAAAUUACAAGGCCAAUUGGUAAAGGUAUUCUCAUCAAUGAUGAAACCAGACGCUUGAGGAAGAGUCUUGGGCCGCGAAUGUCUAGAGUUAGUUUCGCACCAUCAGUGAAAGCCUCACCACCAAAAGCUUCAAACGGCCCACGCCCAUCACUUAAAAGUGCUCUCAAAUCAUCUAGUUCAUUUGAACAAUCUCAAUCACCAAAGAAAGCUAUCUCACCGAAAGGAUCACCGAAGGAUAAAACCGGCAAGACACGCAGCAGCUUCUCAGCACCAACUCAAUCUAGCAUGUUGAAGAAGUCUAGUGUUAGACAUAGUUUAGGUGGCGCCCUUGGCGGUACUACUUCUUCCCCUCUUAGGAGCGCACUAAAGAAUGCAUCAGCUAGAAGUCCUGGAAGGGCUAAGAAGAGGGCAUCAUUUGCUGGUGAUCUUCGUCAAGAGAAUGUCGAACCUUCAAAGCCAAUGUCACCACUCGUGCAGCGCUUACAACUCGCCUCACCUUUACGUCCUCCUCCUUUCAAAUUGGAUGUUAAUGGCGAGAAGGAUGAAGAUGACAAGUCCAACAAAGAGGAAGGUGAUAAACAUACGAAAAAACCAAGAAGGAGAUCAUCACUUGCGCUUUCCACUCAUGCGCUCGAGGCAACACCUGACACACUCGCUUCUGAGAAAGCCAAAGAAGAGCGAGAAAAGAAAGACAAGGAGCGGGUGUAUGAGAAAGAAGUGGAAGAGGAGCGCAAGCGUAAGUCCACAGAAGAAGAAAAGCGGAUAAAGGAAGCAGAGGAAAAUCAGAAAACGGCGGCAGAUGAGCAAUCUCACUCGACAAAUGACAAUAGUGAUGCAGUUGACAAGUCAAUCUCCGGAGAGAAGUCACAAGUUCAAGCACCUCAAUUGGGUACACCGACACGUCGUCGAUCACUCCAUGCAUCGCAAAUGACACCAUCUAAAUUACGCAACUCAAUCAUUGCAUCGCAAACAAACUCACCAAACUCGACACCAAAACGACAAUCAUUGAGGUUGGCAUCAAGUGUCACAACACCACAGAAGGAAGCCUUUGCUGAGGAAAAAGCUGAGCCAGUUGCACCACCUGCAAGGGAUGAAUUCGCAGCUGGACCAGAAACUGAGAAAAUGAUAGAAGGAUUAAUGCAAGAAGAUGAAGAUGUUGACAAUGAAAGCAGCGUUGAAGCACCUGUUCAAAUAAGUUUAAAUGAUUUCCUUGAUUUAACUGACAUGAAAUUCUUGGAUGGAAUAUCAACUAUAAAGAGAAGGUCCACUGUUGGUGUUGGUGGUUUAGGCGGCUUAAAGCAACAAUCCCAGAAAGAUCCUACUUCUUUGGAUUACCUCCGCGCUCACAAUGUCACGGGCCCAAAAUUGGAAAUGAUGUAUUGGUGCUGUCAUGAACUCAAACGCUAUAUCAGUGAAGGUAUAGAAGCUCUCAAUAGCUAUGAAAGAGAAGUAGAUAAUGAGAAUCCACCAGUAAUAGUUGAUUAUUUGUUAGCUAGUGAAGAGAUGAGAAUACGCAUUGAGGCUCAAUUGAAAAUAGUUAAAAAUAACUCACGUCUUGACGCUAAACGUGUAUGGUAUGGAUGGAGAAAAGAACUUGUUCACGGCCAUUCAGAAUCGAUCAAUGAUUCUUUCAAGUCUCUUGAGAAGGAUAUAGGCGUAUUAAAGGAGACGAGAGGCGCAUUGAAGGAGAAGCUUCCUGAGUUACGCAGUUUGAGAGAAAAAUUAGAAGUAGAGUUACGUCGAGAAAGAGAAAUUGUUAGAGAUAUCGCAAGCUGCGAUAAAGAAGAAGUUGAAGGAUUGAGAGAAGCUAUCGCUGAGCAAGCACAGCCACUCGAACUCUAUAAAGCGGAGAUAAGCUCAAAUAAUGAGGAGUUAACGAGACUGAGAACUCGUCUGGAAGCUAAGAAAGAAACACUCAGUAAUAACCGUCUAGCUAUCGAAAAUAACCGUAACGAAUGGGAUAUGGUGAGAUGUCUUACCAAAGCUGAAGCCAUGAAGAGGAGACGUGAAUACGAAUCUCUUCAAAGUCUCCAUAGUUGGCAUAUUCAACAUCUUUCACAGAGUCACAAGAAAUUCAACUACGCAGAAGAUAUUGAAAUAAAUAUCACAGAUAUGGGUGUAGAGUUAAUUCUACUUCCACCGAAGAAAGGUGAACUUGGUCCACUUUUGGAAUACCUCCUUGAUUGUCUUCGCGGUCAGUUAACAGAAGAGGGCAUCUCACAUACCACUGAAUUAAGCUACACUCUUCAACGUGUGUCGACAUUAUGGACGAAGGUCAAGAAAGUUCACUCGGAGUUCAAGAAUUUGGCUCAAAUGUAUAGAUUACUCUUCACUGUUUCAGAUGAAGGUGAUUUAGUGGUCAAGUUGUCAAUACUGAAACGUUUGCAAAAGUUACAAUUUGAAGUAACAAUUGGAAGUGACUUAUUAGUCGACUUAUCGUCAGCUUUGCGUAAAGCUAGGAUUAAAACUGACGUUAUAAUUGGUGAAGAUGUCAAUGUCGAGACGAUUACACAAUCACUUAUGGCCAAAUUAUCAAAUACAGAUGAUAAAAGCAUCGUUGAAGCCUUUGAUGGAAUAGUCAUUUAGCUUUAAUUAUAAUUCUACCAGUUUAAUAGAUUUUGUUGUAAUAUCAGUAGUAUAAUAUAUCUUGCCUUCUAAUUUCAGAA